AUGGCCUCUACUAUCCCCGAUGAACCUUCCUCUCAGAAGGCACGUCUGGGCUCACAGCAAUACGACUAUGUGUUUCCACAUUCUCCCCUUGGCCAAUCGCUAUCGUCUGCUACUCACGCUUCCUCCUAUAAAUCAUGCCUGGACCCACAUCGAUACGAUCCUCUAAUUCUACAACUUCAAUGUGACCAAUCACCAUCGUCUACCCCCCAUGAACCACCACAAUGCCCACCUGGUCUAAAGCUUCCCGCAGACAGGAAGCCAGGAGUCCAAGCUGGGCACUUAUGUGCAUCAUCUGUACAACUUACGCAGCAGGGAUCUCCCUCUGAAUUACUACAGGAUGUUACCAAGCGGAACCUCGAUAAUGAUGCAUCACUACGACUUAUGCGAGGCAAUACCGAGCUAAACCUCGGCGAUAUGUUCCCGACUCUUGAACCCAGUGCCUCGAAUUUUCAGUCGUCGCCGACACCUAAGGCAGGUGGUCAUAAGUACAUCGCCACGGCACAGGUCAGCAGUGGAGGAUUCAGUUAUGUCUGGUACACUAUCAAAGACCAAACAGAGGAGGUCGCCAUCAAAGUGAUCGACAAGGCUGGGUUGCUUGCAUAA